AUGGCCAACGCAAGCUCCAAGGAAGCGGCGCUUCAGCGUACUACGCCCGACGAGAACUCGGCGCGCUCGACGCGCUCGACGCGCAUGCCGCGCUCGUCGCGCUACUCGACCCCCAACCCGGCCAACGGCAGCACCAGUGUCGUCGCUGCUGCUCCCACGCCUCCAAUCACCCCCCUUAACCAGUUGCUCGCCGGCAGCAUGGCUUCUGGUCGCGCGUCCCGCCGCUCGAGUGUCGCCCCCGCUCCUGGUGGCAGCACUGCCCCGCCCACCCGCGUCCCCACCAACACGUCGUCGUCGGGCGGUACCAAUGUUCCGCCGACACCACUCAACGCUGCCAGCAGUGUUCGCAAGUCUCUCGCGGGUCCGCCCCCUCCGCCUAUCACGCGCCGCGUCAGGCAGGCCGCCACACCCCAGGUCGAGCCCGAGGCCGACCCCAAGUCCACGCCCGCGCCGUCCUACUCGUCCGAGUUCCAGCGCCUCCGCACCGCCAAGCUCGCGUUCGAGAACGACGCCAGCGUCCGUGGCCGCGGCCCUGGCAAUGGCGGCUACACCUCCAAGAGCAACUCGCCUGGUGCGCCGCCCAACUUUGCUGCCAUGUUCGCUCAGACUGCCGCGAGUGACGCUGGUGCCUCGAACGCCGCUUCCUCGUCUCGCCGCGUCAUCGGAUCGCCUGCACCCAGCUCUCUGAUCGAGCUCGACAGUGAGGACGAGGAUGAGGCGGAGGAGUAUCAGGAUUGGGAUGAGGAUGAGGAGGAGUCCGUCGUUGUCGUCGAGGACGAGGACGAGGAGGAGGGGGAGACCAAGGACAAGGAAGACGACGACAAUGAGGGCGGCAGCGACCACGUCGAUAUCGAGGGCAAGAUUAAGAACAAGAGCAAGGGAAAGGGCAAGCCCCCCGGUUACCGCACCAACAAGGACCGCGUCCACAACGGCAGGCCUGACGAGGAGGAGGCGAAGGAGCUUUUCAACGAGCUCAAGAGCGCCAAGAGCGUCGGUAAGCUGACAGAGUAUGUCAACAACCACCCCUUCUAUCGUUUCGAUCCCCACAAGGUCUUCGACCUCAUCUUCCCCCACCCCUACCUGAAGAACCUUGUCGAGGGCGACUUCCCCUUCCACCGCAACGGCAUCAACUUCAAGUGGGGCCAGAACUUUGCGCGUCUCCGCCAGUUCGCCACAUACGUGCUCAAGCCCAGCAAGCCGGAGCGCCUCUACACCAUCACCUCGCGCCUGCGCAAGGCCGUCGCCAUGCUCGGGCCCGAGAGGCCCGCGGACCACAAGGUCAGCUGCAAGAACUGCGAGAGCCGCAAGAUCAAGAUCAGCUGCAUCGAUGUCGGCCCCGGCGCUUGCUUCGACUGCGGCACGCGUGGCAACGGCCGCGUGACCGCGUGCCAGCACUACAUUGACGACAAGGCUGGCAUCGCCGAGGCUGUGGCCGCUGGUAACGGCGGCGCUGUAGCCCAGCCUGCCAAGCAUGAGAGUGCUUCCCAAGGUGCUUCGGCCGGUGACGCCGUGCCCGGGUCAGCCACUGACACGGCUGCCCUCAAGUCUGUCGACGAGGGCAACGACGCCAGCGCCGUCCUCUCUUUCCUCCACCUCCACAUGAUCACCGAGGAGAAGGACGCGAAGCGCAAGACUCAAGCCAAGUUUCUUCUCGAGCGCCUUCCCUCGCCCGAGGAAGCGGCUGCCGGUGUUCCAGUUCGCAAGGGCAAGGCGCGCAUGCUCUUUGACCACUUCCUCCUCCGCCACCUGGUCAACGACGAGAAGGAUGAGGAGCGCAAGGAGUAUGCCGCGCUUCUGUUUCAGUGGCUUCUUGAACUGCCGGACGGUACCAAGCACACCACCGACGAGCCCGACGCUGCCUCCCAGUCCGAGGCCGUUGUCGACAAGGAGAAGAAGGGAAAGGAGAAGGAGAACACCCAGGUCCCCGUGAGCAGAGUGUACAAGGGCAAGGAGAAGCAGGUCGCCCAAGUCCCCGUGGGCAGAGUGAACAAGGCCAAGGACAAGCAGCCCGCAGGGGCUGCCUGGGGCCGAGAGAAUUCAGCCCCGGGCCCGAGCAGGCACGCCUUCCAAGUCCCACCCGUGAGGGAGAGCAAGCGCAAGCGCACCGACUUUGACGACGACUUCCACCACUACCUCGACAGCGACGAGGACGAGGCCAACGACAACGGCGACCACGACGGCAUGGACGACAGCGACAGCGACUACGAGCAGCACCCAUACGGCAUCCGCAUGGAUAAGAAGGCGCGCGGCAACCCUCGCCGCCGCAAGUAG